AUAGUUGAUGAUGAGAUAUAUAAUACAAAGCCGAACACGCUUGUUAGGCUAUUUAGGGUAAUAAUGGUCGGAGGCAGAGACGGGAAUGUAUUCAACCGAAAGUUAAGCUUACAGCAGCAAUAAAAUAAACUUAACCAUAAAACAGCUACAAACGCGCAGCACAAUAUUCAGCAAUGUUUUCUUUAAAAUAUGAAACAUUUAGGGUGAUUUUUCUACGAAACCUAACUUUUAGUAUGGCUGACAAUAUUUUAAGCAGCAGAAUGAGGUAAAGACAUUUUAAACGUUUUCCCAAACAGGUUUAAUUUGAUAUUUUAGUUUUACACAAUAAUGAAUUCAGAUAGCGGAUCUGCCGAACCCAGUACAGAUGACGUUCUUAUUGAAUAUGUGAAGGAAAAAGACAAUCUCCGUAUUGACCUCAAACAGAAAGACGCCGAGAUACAAAAAUACAAAGCAAAGGUUUACGAUCUCCAUGAAAGGAUAAAAACACUAGAGGAGGAAAAGAAAGAACUGGCGGCGGCAAAUGCGGCUUUGCUUUCCCGUGAACUACCCGUGAACAACAAACCAAGUUCAAACGUUCCGCCAAACAAACUUGGAGUGGUGAGGCCACGAACGGCAGCUGGAGGUCGAAGUCCAAUGCUGUCACGACCUAAGACGGCGGGUAGAGGCAGAGGGAAGGCUGCCAGCAAUUCUACAUCCAAGAAAGCGACGAAUAACGUUCAAGUAAAAUCAGAGUUACCACCACCGGCAGCAGAGAUUGACCCAAAGAAAUACAAAGAAGCAAUAGAUCGUCUUGCUCACUUGGAUGAGAUCGCUGAAAAGUUCCCGGAGUUAAAACUAUCAGUGGUUUUUACAUCGGAGAAGUUUUUUAAGGAAGGGGAUAUUAACAAUGAUGGCACCAUCGACUGCGAAGAAUUGGAAGCCCUUCUCACAAAACAGGGACACCUUUACACAAAUAAAGAACUCAAAGACAUUAUGGGUCAAAUCGACGUGGACAAUACUGGAACCAUUGAUAUAAUGGAAUACUUAGCGGUAAUGGAGCGUGUACAGCUACGUAAACGGGUCAACCUGCCACAAGCAUUGACUAGAAGCUCGACUUGUAUAGUUCAAUGAAGAAGAUGACCGCCUCGAACGUUUUAGAUAAAAUAUAUAAAUUCUGUGCAGUUGUUUUAGAUGGGGGUGUAUCUGAAAACUUAAUGUGAACAGAUGCGUUUGUAUAAUAAAUAAAGGGUUUUGCACCAACAAAAUGUAUCUUUUUUGAUACACCUUCGAGACAACGUAUAUGUACAAACUAUGACGUAACUUUUAAAGAUUAAACCAACAAAGAUAUACCAGC